AUAUUUAAAUAUUACAUAAGACGUUUAUUCCAUCUGAAUUAGUCGUACCUUUCAAAUAUUUCAAACAUAAAAUAGCAAUAGCAACCCAUCGGAGGGGAAGGAAUUGUCAUUGCCUGUGCCAAACUCAAGUUUGAUGUUCAAAUCCAAAACCCCAAAGACAUUUCCCUCCAACAAUGCAACACUUCGUUAUUCUUCAGCUACCUCCCUAGUUGACCCCACAACUCAUCAAGAACUGCAUCAACAUACCUUUUCAAAUCAACCGAACGACAUUUCACAAACACCAACUUCACAAUUUUCUCAAUAUUUGGACCCAAGAUUCUAUCUUUCUCAACUUUUAAAUUGUAAAAGUCUUUAUCAGGUAAAGCAGGUUCAUGCUCAGAUAACAACUAAUGGAUUAAUUAAAAACCAAAUUGUUGCUAACAAACUUUUAUACAUAUACAGUUUGCAUAAGUCUUUGGAUUAUGCUUAUGCCUUGUUUUGUAGUUUGAGUGGAAAAAAUGCUGUUUCUUGGAGUGUUAUGAUUGGUGGUUAUGCUAAAGCUGGUGAGUUUAUCAACAGCUUAAGGACUUUUAGGGAGUAUUUAAGAUCUGGGGAUAAACCAGAUAAUUAUACUUUGCCUUUUUUGAUUAGGGUAUGUAGGGAUACAAUGGACCUUCAAAUGGGUAGAAAGAUUCAUAAUGUUGUUUACAAAAAUGGGUUGCAAUCAGAUGUUUUUGUGGUUGCAGCACUUGUGGAUAUGUAUUCAAAAUGUAAGGUUAUUGGUGAUGCAAAACAGUUGUUUGAUAAAAUGCCUAAGAGGGACCUUGUGACUUGGACAGUCAUGAUUGGAGCGUGUACGGAGUGUGGGGAUCCGAGUGAGGCUUUAGUUUUGUUUGAUCAAAUGAGAGAGGAAGAUGUUGUCCCAGAUAAAGUUGCUCUCGUAAAUGUAGUAAAUGCUUGUGCAAAGACGGGGGCAAUGCAUAAGGCUAAGGUUUUACAUGAAUAUAUAGUGAGGAAUAAGUUUUCGUUGGAUGUUAUCUUGGGGACGGCAAUGGUUGACAUGUAUGCUAAAUGUGGAUCUGUUGAUGUUGCUAGAGAAGUGUUUGAUGGUUUGAGAGAAAAGAAUGUUAUAACUUGGAGCGCGAUGAUAGGGGCGUAUGGUUAUCACGGCCAAGGCCACGAAGCUAUUGAUAUGUUCCCUAUGAUGUUAAGGAGCGGGAUAUUGCCUAACAAGAUCACAUUUGUUUCUCUUUUGUAUGCGUGUAGUCACAGUGGGCUGGUUGAAGAAGGUAAACGGCUUUUUAAUUCUAUGCAGAACGAAUAUGGAGUGAAGCCGGAUAUUAAACAUUUUACUUGUAUGGUGGACCUCUUGGGCCGUGCUGGGAAAAUUGACGAGUCGUUAGAGUUAAUAGAUCAUAUGGCCGUUGAAAAAGAUGAAGGGCUUUGGGGGGCAUUACUCGGAGCGUGUAGAAUUCAUGGCCAUGUAGAGCUUGCAGAAAAGGCAGCAAAAUCCUUGAUUGAAUUGCAACCUCAAAAUCCAGGACAUUAUGUUUUGCUUUCAAAUAUAUAUGCGAAAGCAGGUAAAUGGCAAGACGUGGCCAAGAUUAGGGAAUUAAUGACCCAUCAGAAAUUGAAGAAAAUUCCUGGUUGGACAUGGAUUGAAGUUGAUAACAAGAUUCAUCGAUUUAGCGUUGGAGACCACACCCAUCAUCAAUCAAAGGAGAUAUACGAGAAGUUGAAAUGUCUGCUCGAGGAAUUAGAGGCUGCUGGUUAUGUCCCUGAUACAAACUUUGUGUUGCAUGAUGUUGAUGAGGAACUUAAGCUUGGAAACCUGUUCUCCCAUAGUGAAAAGUUGGCUAUUGCAUUUGGCCUCAUAAGCACACCUGAGCAUUCUACUAUUAGAAUUAUGAAGAACCUUAGAGUAUGUGGUGACUGUCACACAUUUUGUAAGUUUGUUUCUCAGAUUACAAGUAGGGUGAUUGUUGUUCGUGACGCAAAUCGGUUUCACCACUUUAAGGAAGGUGCCUGUUCUUGUGGAGAUUAUUGGUGAUUUGCAUUGUUCCAGUCUUAUGAGGUGAAGGUUCGGUCUCUUAUUUUGCAAAGAUGUAAGGUAUGCUUCCUAUGGGAUCUUAACAAUUUUAAUUUCAAUCAUCAUUCAUGUC